CAGGGCGGUUUCGUUCUCCUUUCUGCCAAUCGGGGCGCGGUUUGUUGCUGGCUGAAAGAAGCCCUCCGUGCGCGCGCUUGCCCGUUAGGGAGCUGGGUUCCUUGGCGUGGGGCAGGCGAGUCCUCCUCCUCCGCUCUCUCCUCCCUCUCUUUUCUCCUCCACCCCUUUUCCCUCUCCCCGCGCUUUGUUGGUGCCUCUCCCGGGAGGGUGGCGGUGGCGGUGGUGGCCGGCGGCGAUGCCUGAAUUCCUGGCGGAUCCGUCGGUGCUGACCAAGGAGAAGCUGAAGAGCGAGCUAAUCGCGAACAAUGUGAGCCUGCCGGGCGGCGAGCAGCGCAAGGACGUGUAUGUGCAGCUCUACCUGCAGCACCUCACCGCCCGCAACCCGCCCGCCGCCGCGCAACCCGACUUCUCCAGUGACGAGGAGCGGGAGCCCACGCCUCUCGGCGCCAGGAACCGCGGCGCUGCCGCCGGACGGAAGGCCACAAAGAAAACUGACAAACCCAGGCCAGAGGAGAAGGAUGACCUAGACGUAACAGAGAUGAGUAAUGAAGAUCUUCAAGAGCAACUUGUGAAGUAUGGACUAAAUCCUGGCCCAAUUGUUGCUACUACUAGGAAACUUUAUGAGAAAAAACUGUUGAAACUGAUGGAGCAAGACCCAGAACCAAAGGCACCUGUACCUCUCCCAGCAAUUUCUUCAGCUACAGAGAAUACUAGGCAGAAUGGAAGUAAUGAUUCUGACCAGUACAGUGACAGUGAAGAAGAUCCGAAGACUGAACUGAGGCUUGAGAAGAGAGAACCAUUGAAAGCCAGGACAAAGACUCCAGUAGCACUCAGACAAAGAAGAGUUGUUGAACACAACCAGACCUAUUCUCAAGAUGGAGUUACUGAGACUGUCUGGACAAGUGGAUCUUCAAAAAGUGGACCUCUGCAGGCAUUUUCUAGGGAGUCUACAAGAGUGUCAAGAAGAACACCAAGGAAAAGGGUGGAAGCUACAGCACAGUUGCCUGUAGAUGAUGCUGUAAUAUCAGAGAGUACUCCCAUAGCUGAAACUAUUUUGACUGCAAGCAACGAGACCCUAGUUGGCAAUAGGGUGACUGGAAAUUACAAGCAUGCAUCUCCUACGCUGUCAAUCAGUGAACUCUCAGACAUGCCCAGAAGAACACCAAAGAAACCAUUGAUGACAGCUGAACAAGAAGAGACAGAUUGCCUACAUCAGUACUUUUUAAAUCAUGUUGGCCACAACCAAUCCUGUGAUCUGAUCAACACAGCCAUGAUAGAGGAAACUGAGGAGAGGACUGAAUGCUUUAAGACACCAAAAGUGACCAGACAGCUGCCACUAACAAAGGUGCUGGAGAGAACUCAUACAGAAGAACGAAGAGUAGAAAGGGAUAUUCUCAAGGAAAUGUUCCCUUAUGAAGUAUCAACACCUACAGGAAUUAGUGCUAGCUGCCGUAAACCCAUCAAAGGAGCUGCUAGCCGGCCUAUAGAGCACAGUGACUUCAGAAUGGAGGAAUGUUUCUCUAAGUAUGCUCCAAAAUACGGUACCUCAACUGACAUCAAGUUGGAGAAACCACCAACAAAAAAACGCUCCAUUCCCCUGUGGAUAAAAGUUCUUCUCUUUGUUGUCAUUUCGGUCUUCUUGUUUUCAGUUUAUCAGUCAAUGGAAACUAAUCAAGGAAAUCCUUUCUCUAAGUAUCUGAGUAUUAACCAUCAGGGUGGUGCCAAAUGAGUAUCUUUCUGAAAGGCACACCCAAUUUGAUCUCCUAUUUUUAAUUGUAGAGAACUCUUCUGCCCUCUCAUCGGCUCAAGGACUUCUUACAAAUAAUGUGAUUGGAACAUGAUAAAUUGGAUAAAGGAAGAAAGUUAAUAUUAAAUGGACAUCGGUCACUUUCUGGAUUUGGACUAGUAGGAGAUCACUGCCAUAGGAGUAACAUUUUUUUAAAUCUUUGAACUUUUUGUAGGCUUUAUUUUUUUAAUGUGGACAUCCUUUAAAUUCAUUUUUGAGAAAAUGUAUAUUUGUUUUUGCAAGAACUUGGAAGCUGAGAAGGGCAAAAAUGUAGUAAAAUGUGAAGCUGUGUUUUUAAAGCUUUUCCUUUGUACAGAAAAGAGGUUGUACUUCUGUCUCUAUUGUGGAGGAAGAUUUUAGCACAGGUGAUAAAGGGAAAUGCAUUUUUCUAUGCAUUUUUUCAGUAGCCAUGUAACUGAACUUGAUCCCUUUUAGGAUGUAGGGAGAGUAUGACAACCUUUUCUGUAGAUUACUGUAACUUUUUAGUAAAUGUAACUGUAAACCUGUUUGCAUUUCUGUAAAAGUCUUAGUAUCAUAUUAAUAACUCCGUUUAAGUGUAACUUCAUUUAAAUGUAUCCCUUUGUUUUAGUGCUUACAGUGUUGUAGGAGCUGAAUACAAACCUAAUUGGCAAGAGAUGUCUUAGAGGAACUUAUUUAUUAGGAAUAUGCGUGGAAAAUAAAAUUUGCAUCAAUAUAAUUUACUACUAAAAUACUUUUUUGGGUCAGAGUUGUUAUCUGAAGUAGUCUAAAUUUUGAUGUUAGCAGUGGUCCUUUUUUUUUUUUUUUAAGCGAGGUCUUUCCAACACAGCUUUUGAUUAUCUUUAAAUAUUCAUGUAGAGAAGUAUUCUCAAAGUGUGAAAAUUCCGUAUGAAGUUUUAUUCUUGUAUGAAGAGGGCAUUGCUGCAUUUUCUGCUACAGUUUCAUCUUCUGAGGUGAGAUUUACUACUUUCAUGCAAUUGAAUAUUUUUCUCAGUGGAAGCAUGCUGAAACACUCUAUAUUGUGUAACUUAGUUGAGCAGGCAGCUGAAUUCACUACUACCAAUGAAGAGUGAUAAGCAACAAUUUUUCAAAGUGAAUGUAUACAUUUUUGGUGUGCUUAAAUCUGCAGCAUCCAGAUGUUCAGUCUUACUGCUUGGUACAAAAUCGCAAUAAAUCUCACUAAUUCUUAAAGUGCUACUUAUAAAACGCUGAGAACAUUAAUUAAUAGUCAUUAUCUUUUUACUCUAGGUACAAUUAUUGCAUAGGCUAUAGCUAUGGAGAAGCUUUACUUUCUGUGAACUUUGGGACAAACAUGGUAAUUUGUAGCAAAGCAAUAGUUUUUGGGGGUUUAUUUCUGUUAAGAUUAAUUUUUGUUUUUCCUUUUAAUCUGCCUUUCUAGUAAUCCAAAUAGCUAAACUUGUGUCCAUCCUAUAGAAAACUGUAACAUAAGACAUUCACUUCUGGUGUCAAAAUGCAGAAAAAUAAAAAUGAUUUUAAUGUG